GAAUCAAUGCUGCCAGACGAUGAUGAUGUGGACGAUAUAAAGCCACCGGUCAAUUAUAAAGCAAUGUUUGAGGGUGCAUCAGAACCGAAGUAUACCGAUAUGGAGUUGUUUGUAGAAUUACGAUACUGGAUUGUGCUUGCUUUAUUUAUAUUUUUACUCAUUAUUUAUCGUAGUUUUUUGCCUCCGCUCCAAUGUGAUACCAAAUUUCAGUAG